UUGGCUCAAGACCGCCCAUUUUAAAGGGGGCCUGCCUGGCCUGUGUGAUCCUGUCAGAGUCCCGUGCCAUCCGACACCGCAUCGAUCGUGGGCACCAUGGCGGACGAGACCAACCAAAUGCAGGAAGUCUCGGAGGAAGGUGUGACGGAGUUUCAACCCGUCAGCGAGGGAGGCGAGAGCCGCGAAGAGACGGAGACGGAUCUGAUUGACUUUGACAACCUUUCAGAUGGCGAAGGGAAGACGGAGAAAGACAAGCUGAGUGCGGAGGACGUGAUGAAAGAGAUUCUCGAGCUGUCGCAAACCGAGCUGGUCGUGUUGAGCAAGUCUUGGGAUAUGUUUAUGGCUGCCUUGGGCGGCGAGCGUGAGACGGUGGGCGACGCCAUCUUUGGGGCGCUGAGCGAUCGCUUGAUUUGUAUCAAGGAAGCCUUCAAGGGCCGUCCCCGAGCGAUCAUCUCCUUGAACCUGUUCAACGGCUUCCGGCUGCUCUGCGACAAAGCAUCGAAUCCACAGGACCUGAAAGUCCAGGUCGAAACCUUGGCGUUCAAGCAUUUGGGCAACGAGAUCACUCAGCAACGCGUGGAUGGCGUCACCGAAGCCUUUUUGGAGUUGGUGCAGCAGAACGUACCUCAGCUUCCUCCAGGCUCAAUCAAUGCGUGGCAAAAGAUGCUGACCUACACGGGAUCUUGCUGCAGGUAUAUCAGUGCAACCUACACUGAUCGGUUGAAGAUCAUCAAGGACGACUGGGACGUCAUCCAAAAUGCCCAAGAGGCGGAGCAUGAGGGCGAGGAAUCGGUCACACGCUCCUUCGCGGGCAUGUGCACCUUCAGCAGCGAAGUCAUCGGACAACAGAUCGAAGGGUGGAUGGAAGAGCUCUUAGGGGUCUUCACUGUCUUGGUCGAAAGGAUUGCCAACCCUUCUCACCUCAUGGAGGAAUGCGAGCUGCUGGCGAUCAGCAUGAUUAGCAAAGCCAAGGACAUCCAAUUUGAGAAAUUCAAACCCGUGAUGUUGGCGGCUCUUCGGUCUUUGCUUCCCAAGACUUGGAGCAUGAGCCAUGAGACGGCUUGGGAGUGGCUUUGGGCCACCAUCAGCCACAACUUGAACGAGUCCACUCAAAAGGCCCGUGCCUUCAAGUCUUACAAUGCUCAGCUGUUUGCAUCUUUGAAGGAAGAGCAGUUGGAUAUCUUUCGCAACGAUCUUUACACGGACUUCUUUGCCAAGUGUGCGGCGAGCCAGGACAUCUUCAAGCAGUCCCAAACCAGACUUCACUACAUCGCGGAUCGGGUGCUGCAGUCGUCCUACGAGAUGUUCCACACGCCCAAAGAUGAAAUGGUGGACGAUCUCUCCGGCUUGGGGUUACGACAUGUAGGGUAUGGUGUCCCCAUCGAGCUCUUUGCGCCCUUCACGGACUCCUGUGUGGCUGUGGUGAAGGAUUUGGUCGCGAGGAUGCCCAAAGGUGAGUCCACCAAGAAGAUCUCGUGCACCAUCGUUGGAAUGCACGAGGCUGAGGAACGUGACGUGCCCGAACACAUGAUGGUGGAGGGCUUCCGGUGGUCCAUUGGCCUGGUGGCGCGCUUGCUGAUGCGCAUCAUCACUGAGGGCUCCACCGCAGUGAUGCAGGCCAUCUACCAGGACAGUGCCAAGCUUCUCCGACAUGCGCUGCAAGAAGCGCCCCGUGGCCAGCGUGCGCUUCUUCAGCUGAGAGUGCGCGUGGGCAGCCAAUCGAUCUCACCACUCUAUUGGGCGCUCAGGAGCGGCGCACACACCGCGGCUCGGACGAUGUUGGAAGAUGUGCUCACCAUCCGAGCGGAUCGAGAUCGGUACUACUAUGGCGUGAAUGAUAUGUUCAAGCAUCAGCCCACUAUCGCAGCAGACAUCUUGCAAGAAGCACCAAAGUUGGUGAAGCCGUUUUUGGAUGGUUUGAUUUGGCGAUCGCACAAGACCAAGGACGGCUUGCGGCCGGUGGUGUACUACAUGGAGCAUUUGCUGCAAGACCCCGAUGAGGAUCAGAUGAUCUCACGUGCGUUUGUGAGCUUCGUGCAAUUUAAGAAUCCGGGCAUCAUCGUCCACCCCAUCUUGAUCUUCGUCUCAGAUCUCGUUUGGGAGAAGCUGGUGCGGAGCUUCUUCAUGUGGGACCAGGUCUUUCGGAUGAUUAAUUUCGUGAUCUUCCUGUUGGCCGGUUGCUUUUUGAACCAAACCAACAUCAUGGCGGAUCCAGUGGCUUCCAAGUUUCUCGCCGCAGCACGACUCUUGGUCUACACCAUGGGCUUUGGGAAAUUGCUCUACUCCCACAUUUUUGAGCUCUACAAGUCCUCCAGCCGACAGGAGUGGAAAUACAUUUGUGGUCUGCGGAUUCCGACUUACCUUCUCAAGAGCACCGAAAUGCUCAGCUUUGCCUUGAUGAUCAAUAUGGCCUUCAUGCUCACGGUGGAGCCAAUGGUUCACUGCUUUGGAAGUUCAGAGGCUUUGCUGGAGUUCCAAUGUGAGCAGUACACAGAUAUUUUGAGCUUGGCCUAUGAGUUCUUCUUGGUAAUGGGUAUCAUAUUGUAUGUGGUCCUGAUCUUCGGCAUCGGCAGCAGCAUCUCCAUCCAGAUCUCGGAGUACCGCGUGCUGUGCUUGCGCGCUGUGAAACAGGUGAUGCUGUGCUUUGGUGUCAUCACGCUGGCAAUCUUCACCUUUGGCUUUGCCAUCACGGCCAUGACUCGGGAGGUUGGGAACCUCUCAAGCCCAGAGUGGAACAACUUGGGGGUGACCAUGAGCAAUCUCUUUCAACUCGCUGUUGGCAUGCUGGACUUAGGAGAGCUCAGCAACAUUGCGGAUGAGAGUCCGUUUCUCCUCAUCAUCCUGGCUUCGUUCAUGCUCCUGGUCUACAGCUUCUUCUUCAACCUCUUGGUCUCGCAGUUCUGUGGUGUCUACGCCUCCUUGGCUGCCGAUAGCGAAGGCCAUGCACGCCUGUCCAGGGGCGACGUCAUCUUGGACACGCUCAAGGCUUUGCAUCCUAGCACGACGACAGGACCCCAGCAGCAGUCUUUUGAUGAGGCGGUUCAGAUGAAGCGAUGGAAGCAGUUCAUCCUCAGCUUGUCCCUCGACCUUCGGACGGACUUCGACGAGGGCGAUAUCGGCCUUGCCGGAGGUGUGAAAGUCUUCGAGCCUGCAGGAGCAAACCCCAAGACACAGGACCAAAUCAUCCGUUUUGGAGGACAGACGGAUCCAUCAUUGCCAUGGCCCGAAAAGAACGAGGAUAAUGACCAGAGUCAAGACAAGAUGAUCCAAAAGACGAUUCAGAAGUCUUUGGCCCAUUACCUGGGCAAGAAGGGUGACGGUAGCGACUUCACGCUUAGCAGCAGCCACAACAGCAGCAGCAACAAAGGGGACUGAGUGCCUUCGGAUCCCGGAAUGCAGGCAGAACGAAGGUGGUCAUAUUGGCCGAGACUGUGCCAUCCGACUGGUGCAGAGUUGUUUCGUUUCAAUGGCCCUGGGUCUCCGAAAACGGGCGGACGAGAUGCGUUUUGGUCCCAAC